CAAAUUAAUUAAUAUUAUAAAAACCAACUAACCCCUUCCCUCCGAACCCGAUCACAAUUUCGUCUUCUUUAAACCCCUUUAAAUCUCUCUCUUGUUUUUUAAUCUCAGACCUACGUUAUAUGAUGGGGGGAAGUUCAAUUGAUGACGAUUGGGAGUUCACUUCGCCUUUGAAUGCGCUUCGGACUCUUGUUUUGGUUGGAAGGACAGGUAACGGGAAAAGUGCAACAGGGAAUAGCAUCCUUGGAAAGAAGGAAUUUUUAUCCAGGGCUAGCUCGGCUGGUGUAACGAGUACGUCCGAGCUCAGGACAACUGUACUGAAAGAUGGCCAGAUGCUUAAUGUGAUUGAUACUCCUGGGUUGUUUGAUUCUUCUGUUGACACUGAGUUUAUUGGCAAGGAGAUUGUAAAAUGUAUCAAUAUGGCCAGGGAGGGUAUACAUGGUGUUCUUGUGGUGCUCUCAGUCCGGAAUCGGUUUUCAGUAGAAGAAGAAGCUGCAAUAAGUAGCCUGCGUACUUUGUUUGGGAGCAAGAUUAAUGAUUAUAUGAUAGUUGUUUUUACCGGUGGCGAUGAACUUGAAGAUAAUGAGCAGACUUUGGAAGAUUUCUUAGAAGAUUGUCCUUUAUCGUUAAAGGAAACCCUUGCCAUGUGUGGAGAUAGAUAUGUCGUGUUCGAUAACAAGACAAAAGAUCAACAGAAGAAAACACUGCAAGUGCAAGAACUCCUGUCUCUUGUCAACAUGGUGCUGACAAAGAAUAACGGAAAGCCAUACACCGAUGAGAUCUUCAGUGAAUUGAAGAGAGGGACUAAGAAGCUUCAUGAACAAACAGAAGAGGUUCAGUCUUUACAAGGGUACACCAAAAAGGAAAUAUCCGAGCUGACAGAGCAGAUGCAUAGGUCAUAUGAGGAACAGCUUAAGCGAAUCACCGAAAUGGUCGAGGCUCGGCUAAAGGAAACAACUGCCAGACUAGAACAAAAAUUGGCAGAAGAGCAGGUUGCGCGGUUGAAGGCUGAAGAGAUGGCUCAAGCUGCUCAAAAGAAAUCCAAUGAUGAGAUCCGUAAGCUUAGAGAGAAUCUGGAGAAAGCCCAGAGGGAGAGUGAUGAGUUUCGAAAGAGAGCCGAAAGUGGCAAGUGUGCUAUUCUGUAAUUCCGGGCUUCCAGUUUUAUGUAUAUUGUUUUGUUUGUGUUCAUAACCGCUGGAUAACAAAAACCUUCUUUCACUGGUAUGCUGCAUGUUUUAUCAACUUAUAUAUGAUAUAAAUCUACAAAUUUACUUA